AUGGAAAUCCACGAGAGUCCGGUAAUGGUGGGGGAGAGUGCGGGCAGGUUGACCAAACCAGUCAUUGUGCAGGAAGCGGGAGGUGGCUCUGCGGAAACAAAGAAUGGCCAGGGAGAAGAGGCGCUGAAGGACGUGGUCUGCGGAUCGAUUGCCGGCAUCGUUGGCAAAUACAUCGAAUACCCCUUCGACACGGUUAAGGUACGGUUACAGUCACAGCCAAACCAUCUGCCGUUACAGUACACUGGACCAUUGGAUUGCUUCAAGAAGUCAGUCAAGCAAGAUGGGUUCAUCGGCAUAUAUAGGGGGGUCAGUGCCCCCCUGGUUGGCGCAGCUGUAGAGACCAGCUGUCUCUUCUUCAGCUAUCGCCUUGCUGGGGAUGCCGUCAGAGCUUCCGGCAUCUAUCCCGAACUGAAGAGGCACCCCGACAAAGACUUGCCUUAUUCAGCGAUGAUCUGGUGUGGAACGGCCGCAGGAGCCUUCACAUCCCUCUUCCUUACGCCAAUUGAACUAGUAAAAUGCAAGAUGCAGGUCCCACUUGAAACGCCGGGCGCGACCAUCACCCGGCCAGGUAUCCUCAAUAUUAUUGCCUCCAUAUACCGCCACCAAGGUCUCUUGGGUUACUGGCACGGCCAAUUUGGGACUCUUAUCCGCGAGACCGGAGGUGGUGCGGCGUGGUUCGGUGGCUACGAAGGUGUCAAGCUCCUCUUCAAGAAGGCGAACCAGACCUCAGGUCCCACCAGCGACGACGAUCUGCCAGUUUACCAGCGCAUGGUUGCCGGCUCUGUGGCCGGGAUGUCCUAUAACUUUCUGUUCUACCCUGCCGACACCAUCAAAUCGAGGAUGCAGACCGAAGACAUACAGCGAUUAACGGGCGGCAAGUCGACCUUCAGCGCGGUUGGAAGGGCUUUGUGGAAGCAGCAUGGCUUGAAAGGGAUGUACCGCGGGUGCGGGAUCACAGUGGGACGCUCAAUCCCCAGUUCCGCUUUCAUCUUUACGGUUUACGAAGAGCUGAAGAAGCGAUGGCCUGAGCGACGAGCGGUGGCCGAGAAGAUUGUAUUGGAUCCGAAGUAUCACGACGUCCUUGCGCUCGUGAAAGGCAUCCGGAAUGGCAUUGUGUACGGCACGAAGGUGCGGUUUCCGCACGCGCUUGUAAUGAUAUUCCUCUUCCGCUCCGGCACAAUCCGCUCAAAAUGCUGGCUUGUCUUCAAAGCCACCCGCCAACACGCCCGCAACCUUAGCCUCUUCGCCCUCGUCUACAAAUCCACUAUGCUGCUCCUGCGGCACACCUCCCCAACCGGCAAGGAACGCCACUACGACUCCUUCCUCGCCGGCCUGGUUGGCGGCUACACAAUCUUCGGUCGAACCAUCCACAACUCGGUAUCUCAGCAAAUCGUCAUAUAUGUGUUCGCUAGGGUGUGCUUAGCGCUGGCGAAACUGGCGGUGCAGCCCAAGGGCGUGGGCAAGAUUGAGGGCGGUGGUGGAGGCUGGGGAUGGCUGGGUGAGGGUUCAACGCGGAAAGAGGUUGUAAGGAAUGGAUGGCCGAUCUUCGCGAGUUUGAGUUGGGCGAUGGUGAUGUAUGUUUUCAGGUGGCAUCCUGAGACGGUGCAGCCGAGUUUGAGGAGUAGUAUGAGCUAUAUCUACGUGCAGUCAGACCACUGGGAUUCACUGCGGACCUUCAUAUGGCAUAACAAAUAA